GCCCGCUUUUCUCGACAAAUAAAGGUCAUAGCCACAGUGUCUGCAGGCGGAGCUAACUUUAUCGGGAUUCAUGCUUUCGCGGGAACGCCGACGGUGGAGCCCCACGUAGCAAGAAGAUGACCCGAAGUUGCUCGGCAGUGGGCUGCAGCACCCGGGAUACCGUGCUUAGCCGGGAGCGCGGCCUCUCCUUCCACCAAUUUCCAACUGAUACCAUUCAGCGCUCAAAAUGGAUCAGGGCUGUUAAUCGUAUGGACCCCAGAAGCAAAAAGAUUUGGAUUCCAGGACCAGGUGCUAUGCUAUGUUCCAAACACUUUCAAGAAAGUGACUUUGAGUCAUAUGGCAUAAGAAGAAAGCUGAAAAAAGGAGCUGUGCCUUCUGUUUCUCUAUACAAGGUUCUCCAAGGUGUACACCUUAAAGGUAAAGCAAGACAGAAAAUCCUAAAACAGCCACUUCCUGAUAAUUCUCAAGAGGUUGCUACUGAGGACCAUAACUACAGUCUAAAGAGACCUCUCACAAUAGGAGCAGAGAAAUUGGCUGAGGUGCAACAGAUGCUACAAGUGUCCAGAAAAAGACUUGCUUCUGCAAAAAACUACAGGAUGAUCAAGAAGAGAAAGGGCUUACGAUUAAUUGAUGCGCUUGUAGAAGAGAAGCUACUUUCAGAGGAAACAGAGUGUCUGCUACGAGCACAAUUUUCCGAUUUUAAGUGGGAGUUGUAUAACUGGAGAGAAACAGCUGAGUACUCCACAGAAAUGAAGCAAUUUGCGUGUACACUCUACUUGUGCAGUAGCAAAGUCUAUGAUUAUGUAAGAAAGAUUCUUAAACUGCCUCAUUCUUCUAUCCUCAGAACAUGGCUGUCCAAAUGCAAACCCGGUCCAGGUUUCAGCAGCAAUGUUUUUUCUUUUCUUCAACGAAAAGUAGAGAAUGGAGACCAGCUAUAUCAAUAUUGUUCACUGAUAAUAAAAGGUAUAUCUCUCAAGCAACAACUUCAGUGGGACCCCAGCAGUCACCAUUUGCUAGGGUUUAUGGACUUUGGUCUUGGCAAACUUGAUGCUGAUGAAACGCCACUUGCCUCAGAAACUAUUUUGCUCAUGGCAGUGGGUAUUUCUGGUCACUGGAGGACACCUCUUGGUUAUUUUUUUGUAAACAGGGCGUCUGGAUAUUUGCAAGCUCAGCUGCUUCGUCUGACGAUUGGCAAACUGAGUGACAUAGGGAUCACAGUUCUAGCUGUCACGUCUGAUGCUACAGCUCACAGUGUUCAGAUGGCAAAAGCAUUGGGGAUACAUCUUGAUGGAGACAACAUGAAGUGUACAUUUCAGCAUCCUUCAUCUUCUAGUCAACAGAUUGCAUACUUCUUUGAUUCUUGCCACUUGCUUAGAUUAAUAAGAAAUGCAUUUCAGAAUUUUCAAAGCAUUCAGUUCAUUAAUGGCACAGCACACUGGCAGCACCUUGUGGGGUUAGCAGCACUAGAGGAACAGGAAUUAUCAAAUAUGGAGAGAAUCCCAAGAAAACUUGCAAAUUUGAAGAACCACAUACUGAAAACGAAUUGUGCUGCCCAACUCUUCAGUGAGAGCGUGGCCAGCGCGUUAGAAUGUUUGCUGUCAUUAGGCCUGCCUCCUUUUCAAAACUGUAUUGGUACCAUCCAGUUCUUACGCUUAAUUAACAAUCUGUUUGACAUUUUUAAUAGUAGGAACUAUUAUGGAAAGGGACUUAAAGGACCUCUAUUACCCGAAACUUUUAAUAAAAUCAACCAUGUGUUAAUUGAAGCCAAGACUAUUUUUGUUACAUUAUCUGACAUUAGCAAUAAUCAAAUAAUUAAAGGUAAGCGAAAACUGGGAUUCCUGGGAUUUUUGCUUAAUGCUGAGAGCUUAAAAUGGCUCUACCAAAAUUAUGUUUCCCCAAAAGUCGUGCCUUUUCCAUAUCUUCUGACUUACAAAUUCAGUCAAGAUCAUCUGGAAUUAUUUCUAAAGAUGCUUAGACAGGUAUUGGUAACCAGUUCUAACCCUACCUGCAUGGCAUUCCAGAAAGCUUACCAUAAUUUGGAGACCAGAUACAGAUUACAAGAUGAGGCUUUUCUAAGUGAAGUAAGCAUCCUUGACAUUUCAGUUGCUCGAAGGACGGACUUGGCCCUUUGGACAGUUCAGCGUCAGUAUGGUAUCAGCGUUAUAAAGACUCUUUUUCGCAAAGAGGAUAUUUGCCAAGACUGGUCUGACUGUUCGCUAAGUGAGGCGUUACUAGACCUGUCAGAUCAUAGGCAAAACCUUACCUGUUGUGCUGGUUAUAUUGCAAAUAAGUUAUCAGCUCUUUUGACAUGUGAGGACUGCAUCAGUGCACUAUAUGCGUCAGAUCUCAAAUCCUCUAAAAUUGGAUCACUGUUAUGUGUUAAAAAGGAAAAUGGCUUGCAUUUCCCUUCAGAAAGUUUGUGCCGAGUCAUAGAUACCUGUGAGCGAGUUGUAAGAACCCAUUCAAGGACAGCAGUUUAUGAACUACUACUUCCUAAACAGAGGGAAUUUUAUCUUCAGCAAGAAAUAUUACAUGAGCUUUCCGGGCAUAUUUAUCUGUUUGUAGAUUUAGAUAAGCAUCUCUUUGAUGGAGAAGUGUGUGCCAUCAAUCACUUUGUAAAGUUACUAAAGGACAUAAUAAUCUGUUUCUUAAAGGUCAGAGCUAAAGGUGUAACUCAGUACCCUUUAAAACACCAUUCAGAAAGAACUGAAACGAAAACUUUGUCAAGGAAACACUGGUCAUCUUUACAGAAUUACAAAUGUUCAAGUUUUGCUAAUACCAAUAAAUACAGGCAUUUGCUAAGGAACGAUGGCUGUCUGUUCAAAUGAAGGACCUAAAAUUUUUAUUAAAAAAAAUUGGUCAACAUUUACUUUAAAAUUCAACUUACUAUAUUUUACAAACUGACCAUUCUGCAGAGUGGACAAGUUUGUGGUUCCGACUUAGGAAUUUCUAUCAUGCAUAUUAUCAAAUCUGCUUGGACUUUGGUGGAGCUUGCAAGCAUUUCAGAGUUACCCAAAAUGUAGAAAGCAGUAAGUAAGUCAGUAGGAACAGACUAGCCAACAGGUGCUGUCUUUGAAUUUACUGUUAAUACGACUGAGUAAUCUGACUGGACAUACUUCGAAAACAAGGGAGAAUAAUGACGAGGAGUCACCAAAACAUCGACCCUUUUUAUAAAGACUACAUUCCCUAAAAGAGCUUUGGUUUUCAGCUCUUAAGAAUGUU